AGGCGUCCCUCCGAACAAAAAGUUUGCCCCACUCUCCGCGACUUUUCUAUCUUUCUAUAUUCUGUUUGACCUACCUUCUCUCCUGUAUCAAGACCCCCCCCAGUUCUUGGGUACUUAAGUCAUUCAUUCAUUCGCUCCGUCAUUCUUGUCUUCGCAAUUGAAUCGGAAUCUAUAUUUUUCUAAAAAUUUCUGGAGAGCACAACAAAAAGUUCGUAUAUUCCCAUAGAAGCUGCACCUACUGACUGGGCAAGAAUUUGCGAAAAACUACUGCAGCCAGAAUGCAACGAAAAUCUUCAUCGAGCGUCGAAACAAAGACGCAGGAACACAGUGCAGCGACGUUUGCGGAACGGACGGGCCUGCAGGCUGCUGGGAGGGCGUUCACGGCCAGCGAAUGUCUCGCGACGACCGUUGCGUACUAUCAAUGUUUGUGGCACUUUUCCCGCGGUGGGCGGCUCCGAGACUGCCGGUUCUUUUGUGAACCAAAGUUGGGGAACGAGGCCCGUCAUGCCGCGCAGCUGCAUCUGUUUUCACUGUGCUUAGUGUUCCGCUUGUGGGACCGGCCACACUACCGGUGCGGCAGUUUUGGGGAGGACCUGCGAGUAAAUCUGCGCAACGUCGCGCUCCCGGGGACCGGGGUUCCGCUUGCCUUCGUCUGCAUCUCGAAGUGGACCUUUAUGUUCUUUCUGCUCUUCCUCUACCCGCUGGUGUGCUUCGUUGCGGCGUUCGCCGUCUGGGCGGUGGAGCAGCAGCAGGAAGCGGAUGGCACCAGUACCGGCGGAACAGGAGGGGAAGCGCGGACCUCACCGCCACGGACCACGUCUUCAUCGUCCGGCAGGAAUUACAGAGGUGACGGAAAAAGCGGCAAGACGUGGAAAGCGGUCUGGGAGAAGGCCCAGAUCUGCCUGCGGGAGGUGUGCAUCCUGUACCAGGGGAACUUAGUAACGCCGGACACCUGGUUCACCUGGUGGCGCCUAAACUGCGCCCUGGCGACGUACCACAGCUGCCUGACGCUGAGCGACGAGUAUUUGAUGGAAAACAAGUGGGAUUUCCUGCAAAAAUGCCACGCCAAGCAGGUCCCCAUCACCCCGUGCGUCGUAUCCCGCGGAUGAAAAUACUUAAACCAACGCCUCCUAAAAAGCUUACCGUAGUAUUGGAUUCAAGUUUUUUGCAUCGGCACUGGAGUUACGUAUUAUAGAUGCUUCUCUUCGCAGCGUGUCAGGGAGGGUGUGGCUGGAAAGUUUUUUUCGCAGGAUACGCCGGACUGGGGUACCACCUUGUCCAGCAACAAGAAUCCGGGAAGCCCGCGGUGCCGGUCGCCCUGGACACACUGGUCUGCAAAGACAAAAACGAAGAGGGCGGCAUGGGCAUCCAUUUUUUCAAAAACGCAGCCACGGGUGGAAACUGGAUUCUGCAGGCGAAGCUGCAAAACGCGUCCUAUCGAACUAAACUACGUUGUCAGUUUCCCCGGACCUGAUAGAUUUAUUUAUUGCCCACGCGCGCCGAGUUCUACUUCUGGCACUUCCACUUUUUGCAGAAGGUUGUCGCAGCAUGUGAGCAAAAAAACCUAAUUCACUAUCGUGAGUUUUUAGAUUCUAUAUUCUGAGUGAGCAUGGCGACAAACAAAGUUCCGGUCUGUCGAUGCACCAAAGAAGCUGAAGAGGUGCACGGGUUCUUUUUCGCUACAGUAUGACGCGGGAAGGGGAGUUGAUAAUUUUAAUUUUUGCUUGAUACCCCCUGCUUGCAGUGUCUGCUCCCCGAGCCUUGCCCGCUGUCGACCUUCCGUGUGCUCACGGCAAGCGAGGCCUCAAUGACCAGUGCGGAGCAGCCGCAGGACCACGGGGCAGGAUCUUCGUCUCCAAAAGUGCACAUCCUAACGUGCGUGUUUCGUGCGGGCCGGCAGCACGCGAAAACGGAUCACCGCAGUAUCUUCUACAACGUGAACUUAAGUCCCGAACACGGGAAGAAGGGGCGGAUCACGCGAGGAGCGAUCAACUCGCACUGGUACCAGCUCGGCGGCACGGUGUUCCAGACUGCCUCCGGCAAGGAGGGCUGCUUCACCAAAGCCGGCGUGUUUCGUCGGGGCUUCGCGUCCAAGGCCGCCGGCGUCAGUGUCCACCCGGACUCCGGGCUGCGGAUGGUGGGCCUCGAGGUGCCGGAAAUCGACAGCGUACUGGCGGUGUGCGAGCGGGCGCACCGCGAGCUGUGUCCGCACGUUCCGCUCGUGGGUUGGGACGUGGCUCUCGUGGACGAGGACGUGGGGGAAAACCAUACGGCGACGAAACCUGUGUUGCUGGAGGCAAAUCUGAGCUGCAACUUCUUCCUCGGAGAUUUUGACCGGACCCUGUACCUCGACUACAUGAGAAGAAACUUUAUGUACUUGGAAGAGCGAGAGAACGCCGCUGGGGCGCGACUGCUAGAGAAGGAGGACAAAGAGAGGAAAACUCUACAGGGAAAAGAGGGGAAGAAGCAUGCGUAGUCACUCCAUCCGAUCCAAGAGAGGAGAACACGUGUGAAGUAAAAACUUGUCUUCGCAUAAUACCUGUAACGCAG